AGCGCUCUAGCCGGCCGGCAAACAUAAUAACACAACUUGUAUUCUGUUCGAUUACUGUGACAGCGUACUAGUAUUUUCGGACCUCUCGAUGGCCUUGGACCUCUCAUUGGUCAAAUCUUCGUAGUCUGUAAGGUCCACCAAUAAGAGGCCUAGAAAUGCAAACGAUAAACUUCCAUAUAUGGGAAAACUAGCAGUCGAUGCUUAAAAUGAAACAGGUAUCAAAAGUAUAAAAUGCUUAAAAUGCGCCAUUGUAAAUAAUGCCACUUCCAAGCUUGGAAGCUAGUUACAACUUAAAAGUUAUUAAAAUAAUUAAAUUUGUGUGUUUAGAGGAAAUAUUACAGGCACUGCAUUUAUGUUAGAUAUUGCAUGAUGGAGUUCUUGCACAAGAGACAUGCAAGGUAUUUUAAAUUUUGUAUGGACUCCAUUCCGGGAGAGUAUACCUCCUUAGAUACCAGCAGGAUGACACUGCUGUUUUAUGCUGUAUCUGGUUUGGAUCUGCUGGGACAACUGGAUCUCGUCCAGGACAAACAAAGUGUUAUUGAGUGGGUCUACAGGCAACAAAUUACCUCUGAACUAUGUGACGGCGACCUGUCGCGCGCGGGUUUCCGCGGCUCACCGGCCAACUCGUCCGGCGCUCCGCUCAACCAGUGGGACUGCAGCCACGUGACGAUGACGUACACGGCGCUUGCCACACUGCUGGUGCUGGGUGACGACCUGUCGCGCGUGGACCGCGCCGCGCUGCUGUCCGGUCUGCGCGCCCUCCAGCUGCCCGGCGGCAGUUUCCUGUCCAGCCUGCACGGCGGUGAGAGCGACAUGCGGUUCGUGUAUUGUGCCGCGGCCGUCUCCUACAUGCUGGACGACUGGUCCGGCAUGGACCGCGAGAAGACGCGAGAGUACGUCCUGCGCAGCAUGAGGUACGACCACGGCAUCUCACAGGGACCCUUACUCGAGUCGCACGGCGGCUCCACCUUCUGUGCCGUGGCGACGCUCGCGCUGAUGGGUGAGCUUGAGUCGGCGCUGACUGAGCAACAGCGAGACGGCCUGGUGUUCUGGUGUCUGAGUCGGCAGGGCGUGGGCUUCAACGGCCGACCCAACAAACAAGAGGAUUCGUGCUACACCUUCUGGAUCGGCGCAUCACUCAGGUUACUGGACGCGUACCAGUUCGUGCGGACCGACCUGCUGCGGGAGUUUGUCUACUCCGCGCAGGACCCCAUCACCGGCGGCCUCUCCAAGUGGCCGGGACACGGCGCCGACCCCCUGCACACCUACCUAGGCAUCUCUGGCCUCUCACUGGCCGGCCAGGAGGGCCUGAAGCCGAUCCACGCGGCACUCAACGUCUCCGCCGACGCCGUGGAGGUGCUGCGACGCGCGCAGGCGCGAUGGCGUGACCUGCCCCCGGUCAAGGCCGUCGACUGACCGGGGGUCACGGACUGGACGGGUGUUCAAUGUAGGAUGGGAGGGUAGGACGCGCAACACUCGCGGCUGUUGAUUGGUAUUAUGCAACAACCAUUGCCCCUGUGGCGGACGGCGGAACAGCUGCAGCGGUGCCCGGUGGAACACCAUAUCGAAACUUGUGAUGAAGCAGAUAAGUGGGCGCCGCCAAUCACCGUAUCACUGGCGCUGACACAGUGGUGUAAAGCACUCAGUUACCCAGGCGUAGCCGAUGGACUGCGUGUUAUGAGUGGUGAUGUGCUAAUUCGUGCAUUGUUGAGGUUUUGUGCAUAGAAUGUGCAGCCGAGGGUCCAGGCCCGACUUCCGCCGUUGAAGUGAUGCUUUGUUGGGCAGUGUGUCUUCAUUCACAUGGAGUUACCAGUCAGGGUGUGAGCGACUGGUUGCUUUGCAAGAGGCUUUUAUAUGUAGAGGCUGUAGAGCUGCAACCAAAUUCGCUGUUUCAUGUGUCCACAUGAUGAAAUGAUUAAUGAAUUGCAUUGUGUCA